UUUUUGUUGUGUAUGUCAAAAACUUUUAAUCAAAAAAACAAGUGUUUUUUUUAAAUUUUGUAAUUUUAUUUAUUUUUUUUUUUUAAAUAAAUAAAAGAAUUUCCAUAAAAAACAUGAGUUCAUGCAAAUUCAAAUGGUCUCGUAGUUUGCUAGAAAAAUUAAUUAACGAAUACCAAUCACAUCCUAAUUUAUAUGAUAUGGGGCAUCCCGACUACAUUCACCGACAGAAACGAGAGAGAUCUUAUAAUGAAAUUUACAUGGCUCUCAAGAAGAUAAAUAAUGGAAUUAGCCUUGCAUAUAUUAGAAUGAAAAUAAAAACACUUCGUACUCAGUAUGUCAAGGAACUGAGAAGAAUCGAAAUUUCGGAAAAUGACCCAGAGGCAGAGGAAUACAAAACAAACUUUUGGUGCUAUGACCAAUUGCACUUUUUGGAAAAGCAUUGCACAACUCGAAGAGCACCAGGCUCAAGAAUGAAUAAGUCGGAGAAACAGAGUUACCAAUAUAUUAACGAUUCACUUGAAAAUGAAAGUUCUGAACCUCCUGUUAAGAUAAAAAAAUUGGAGAAAAAUAGUUUUCAGGAUUUCUAUGAGAGUCACAAUUUAUUUGAAAAUGAAAGCCCUGAAACUGUUCCAAAGCCUAAACAAUUAAAAGCAGAAUAUCUUGAGGACAAUGACGAGGAUCAUGACGGGAAUCAUGACGAAAAUGACGAUUCUUGUGAGACUAUAGAAGCUUCUGAUCUAAAGAGUCAAAGAAAGAGGUAUGCCCUUGAAAAAAUCCGACAGCAAAUUAAAGAAACUACAAAACUUUUCCAAGUCGAACUGGAAGAGAAAUAUGAUUGGCUUGGGAAGCAAGUCGUUUUUGAAAUAAAUAAAAUUCAAAAUGAAGAAUUGCAAGAGCAUACAGCAUGGGAUAUCCAACAAAUUUUGAGAGAAAGCAUUCAAAGGGACAGACAACUGCGUGAAACGGAAGAAACAUCAUCCACAACACAACCAAGCAGUUCUGAGGUAUGCUCGUGGAUGAUAAAUGCAAAAGAUCGAGAUCCACUUGAUAAGUGAGAUGAAAAAAAUUAUUAUUUUAAUAAAACUAGUUAAACAAAAA